GACACCGGAUUAAGCACACCAACAGCUGCAACAGUGUUGGGUCAUCGCAGUAUCAAUAGACCGGAAUCAGUGCUUCAAUUGGCCAGAAAAUUCGCUGAAGCCAGCGCUGUGCAGAAUAACAAACUUUUUGCAUCCACUCAAAAGGCUGCUGCUCUGUUCAGCGAGGGAACUUUAUUGAAAUCAUUCAGUGGUCCGACAACACCCGUUCGAAGAUUAGUCGGUGGCGGUACGCUUCAAAACAACGAUACAACAACGUUCAAGAAGCCUGGUGGCAUCGCUUGUCUAAAGCCAGGAACCGGGCUGUCUGAUAGUGAGGACAAAUUCUGCAUAGUUCAAGUACCAUUUUCCCCGGUAAGGCAGGCAGACACUCCUGGCUAA